GCGGUGGAGGAGAGCCCUCGCGAGUAUAAAAGCCUCAGUUCCAGGACGCCGUUGGCAUCACUGAAGGCAGGGAGGUGGCUGCAUCACUUCAACCUGACGAUUUUAUCAGCUUUAUCAUGUAUUUUUCGCCUCUUAACGUAGUCAGAUGUGUUCAUAUGAGUUAAAAAAAAUAAAUCUUGAAAAUCAUGCAACUCUUUUGUUGAUCUUUUGUUUGAGACUUUGAAGAUUAAAUCACGCACGGAGGACCAUGGGGAUUUCUCCUGCGCACCCGUGCUUUGGAAGUACGCCCGUCAGAAAGUGAGGGGAAAAAGUUGUUUUCCAAUUGAAAGUCACCUUUUCCUCUGCAGAAUCAUGCAGAGUAACAACAGCGCAUCAGCUCUGAGCGCGCUUAGUGUGUGCGGAGAAGAUGAUGAUGCACGAGACAUCUUCAAACUUGCCGGUCCUGCAGAAGCAGUUUCCAACCUCGCAGCUUUCAAUCUCUCACUCAACUGCUGGCUGCACCUGCUCUCCAAGGAGUCCUCGGUGGACCUGCACGGGGACAGUGCAAACCUGGCAGUGCGCGUCCUCAUUGCCCUGGUCUACCUGGUGGUCUGCGUGCUGGGGCUUGUGGGUAAUCUCCUGGCCCUCUUCCUGCUUCACUCUCGUCGUCGGGGCCACCACCACCACUCUUCCAUUGAGUGCUUUGUCAUGAGCCUGGCAAUGACUGACCUCCAGUUCGUCCUCACUCUUCCCUUCUGGGCUGUGGACACGGUGCUGGACUUCCGCUGGCCCUUUGGUCAGGUCAUGUGCAAGAUUGUGAGCUCGGUCACCACCAUGAACAUGUACGCCAGCGUCUUCUUCCUCACCGCCAUGAGUGUGACCCGAUACCGCUCCCUGGUUACCUCCCUUAAGAUGGGCAGUCCAAGGAUCGCCCACGCUCGAGCCAAAUGGGCCAGUUUAGGGAUUUGGGUGGUGUCGCUGGUGGCUACACUGCCUCAUGCGUUCUACUCCACCACGGUCCAGGUUUCUACAGAUGACGAGCUAUGCCUAGUGCGAUUUUCUGACUCAGAUUCAAGCCAUUGGGAUCCUCAAGUCCUGCUUGGACUGUAUCAAACACAGAAAGUUCUCCUGGGAUUUGUAGUUCCUUUGAUCAUCAUCUCGGUGUGCUACCUCCUUCUCUUGAGGUUCAUUCUGAGCCGACGGGUUGUAGGGAGCAUUAUCAGUGAGAGCGUCACAGAAAGGUCAGAGUGUGAGAAAGGACGCAACCGUCGCCGCUCCAAAGUCACCCGCUCUGUCACCAUCGUAGUCUUGUCCUUCUUCAUCUGCUGGCUGCCCAAUCAAGCAUUAACACUGUGGGGGGUGCUCAUCAAAUUUGACCUGGUGCCCUUCAGUAAAGCCUUCUACAAUGCCCAGGCAUAUGCUUUCCCUCUAACUGUGUGUCUGGCUCAUGCUAAUAGCUGUCUCAACCCAGUGCUGUACUGCCUGGUCCGCAGAGAGCACAGAGCUGGACUGAAGGAGCUCCUGCUGAGGGUGUCGCAAUUCGUCCAAAAUGUUUGCACACGGGCUCUGAGAGGAAGGAGGGUGGAAGAGGUGCCACCCAGCCUAGUCAUGGUAGACUGAGACAUCAUAAACACUGAAUUCUGACAUUACACUAAUGUUUGUACUCCAGUGUUUCCCCUACCAUUAUAUUAAGGGGGCGGCCUGCCCCCCC